CAUUCCGCUCUGUGAACUAUAGGGAACUGACAGUGAAAGGUGGACUUUUAUAAAACUUCUGUUUGCUCCUCCCUCAUACCAAACCUAUUAUAUCUGUUGAAACUCUUGAGUUAGACAGCUACUCUGUUAGAAGGUCAGUCUACUUCAGGUAGACUCCGUUCAUAGAAGCCGUUCGUUCAUUUUCUCCUACAAGAAUGGACGGGAAAUCGACCGGGACCGAUUUAGCCAGCAAGAAAAAAUGUGUCGCGGUAGUUGGAGGAGGUUUGGUUGGUGCUUUGAAUGCUUGUUACUUUGCGAAAAGAGGUUUUGAAGUGCAGCUGUUUGAAUCCAGAGAAGACAUCAGAUCUGCCAAAGAAGUGCGUGGCCGAAGUAUAAACCUGGCCCUGUCUCACCGAGGGCGCCAAGCCCUGAAGAAUGUUGGGAUGGAGGAGAAGAUAGUUUCCAAGGGCAUCCCGAUGAAUGCUCGCAUGAUCCAUUCGCUGAGUGGGAAAAGGACACCUAUUCCUUACGGAAAGAAAGGCCAGUACAUCCUUUCUGUAGAUAGAGCCAACCUCAACAAGGAACUGCUAACAGCGGCGGAGGAUUUUCCCAAUACCACCCUGAACUUUGACCACAAACUGGUGGACUGGAGCAAAGAAACGGGGGCAAUGACUUUUCUCCGGCCAGAUGGCACCAAGGAACAGUACCAGGUUGAUCUGAUUGUGGGCUGUGAUGGAGCCUUCUCGGCCAUCCGCAAGCAGUUCCUCCGCCAGAGCCGCUUCAACUACAGCCAGACCUACAUCCCCCAUGGCUACAUGGAGCUCACAAUACCCCCCAAGGAUGGCGAUUUCGCCAUGGAGACCAACUAUCUUCACAUCUGGCCCAGGAACACCUUCAUGAUGAUUGGCCUUCCAAAUUUAGACAAGACUUUCACCCUCACGCUUUUCAUGCCCUUCGAUGAGUUUGAGAAGAUCACAACACCUGACCAGGUCCUGGACUUCUUCAACACAUACUUCCCAGAUGCCAUCCCGCUUAUAGGAGUUGAAGCAUUGAAGACAGACUUCUUCCGUCUCCCGGCCCUGCCAAUGGUGUCCAUCAAGUGUGCCCCGUAUCACUUGAACAAGUGUGUCCUAAUGGGAGACGCUGCACAUGCCGUGGUGCCUUUCUAUGGACAGGGCAUGAAUGCGGGCUUUGAGGACUGCCUUGUUUUUGAUGAAAUAAUGGAGAAGUUGAACGAGGACUUUGAUGCCGUGCUUCCAGAGUACAGCCGUGUCCGAGUGCCCGAUGACCACGCCAUUGCAGACCUCGCCAUGUACAACUACGUUGAGAUGCGGGCACAUGUCAAUUCUAAAUGGUUUAUAUUCCGCAAGCACGUUGACGACAUCCUCCACUUCAUCAUGCCAAAGACUAUCAUCCCUCUGUAUACAAUGGUCACAUUUACAAGAACCAGGUACCAUGAAGCUAUAAAGCGAUGGCAUUGGCAAGACAAGGUGAUCUCCAGAGGACUGGGGAUCUGUGGCCUGCUUUCAGUGGCCGGGGGGUCCUACCUGAUCGUUAAGUAUCCUCCGAAGGUCAGCAGCAUCCCCCUGGACCAGCUCUGGAACCGCGUGGUGGCUCUCAAGUGGUUCUAAGAAGCCAGGGACAGGUGGUGGGAGGUGGGGGUGAGUGCGUUCUAAAAAAAAACAUACCACCCCCCCUACUCCCACCCCCAGGAUACCUCCUAGUCAUCCUGGUGGACCCAGAGAGACGGGAUGCGGUGACCUACAUUGCAGUCGGGAUUAAAAGUGGAUGCUUGAUGAGAUGUUGAUUAGAUCAGGGACCUGAGGGGGGCAGCCCUGCAUUAUUUGUGUUGUCGGACUGGCCUCCGUGUAAUUCUAUCUGAGAUAAUUAAACAUCACAGUUAAUUUACAGAGGCAUUAUUCACGCGGGCCCCACUAGGUCAGUGUGUGAUGCUCACAAACCACUCCACCUCUUCCCUGUUACAUCCCGGAUAGUUUAUGCUACUACAGAUGACGUUAUGACGCACACAAUUAUCAAUAAGGCGAGCCCUCACCAAAAGCUCGUCCAAUCUGUAUCUUGGAUGUGAAACGAUCACCAAACUGUUAAAGCAGUAAAGACUAAAAAUGAGAUCUUAGGGGUGGGGAAUCUUCAUACUGUGCUUGAAACUACUAAAGUGCUUCACUGUUUUGAAAUAAAUUCAUAAUUUUUUGCAAUCGA